AUGUCUGACACAGAGGAGAUCUUGGAGGAGUAUGAAGAGGAGAGGGAGGUGGAGGAUGAGAUAGCUGAAGAGGAGAAUCCACUGGUAGAGGAGGAUGCAGAGGAGGAACAAGAGGAAGAGGAGAGGGAACAAGAGCAAGAACCUCACGGUGAGGAGGCAGAGGAGGACUCUAAGCCCCGGCCAAAGAUGUAUGUGCCCAACAUCACACCUCCUAAGCUGCCUGAUGGAGAGAAAGUGGACUUUGAUGACCUCCACCGCAAGCGUUUGGAGAAGGACUUCAAUGACCUCCAGAGUCUCAUUGAGCUACACUUCAGCAACCGGCAGAAAGAGGAAGAGGAGCUGAUUGCUCUUCGCAACCGCAUUGAGCGUCGCCGUGCAGACCGUGCUGAUCAGCAGCGCAUUCGUGCCGAACAGGAACGUGAAAGGCAGGCACGUCUGGCUGAGGAAAAGGCAAGACGUGAGGGGGAAGCAGCCAAGCUUCGUGCUGAGGAGGAAGCCAAGAAGAAGAAGAUCUUUUCGAAUAAGGGCUUCGGUGGCUAUUUGCAAAAAGUGGAUCAGAAGAAGGGUAAAAAGUUGACAGAGCGCGAAAAGAAGACUAAAGCUCUUAUGGAACGCCGGAAGCCCCUUAAUAUCGACCAUCUCAACCAAGAGAAGCUGGGCGAGAAGGCCCGUGAUCUCUGGCAGUGGCUACGCCAGCUUCACUCUGAGAAAUUUGAUCUCGCUGAGAAGCUCAAGAGGCAAAAGUAUGACAUUAAUGUACUGCGCAAUCGAGUCAGUGAUCACCAGAGGGGCACCAAAACUGCCAAGACCACCCGAGGAGCCAAAGGCAAAAGCGGAUCCUGGAAGUAA